GUAAGGGGAAGAAAGGAAGAACCGGUAAUUACCGGUUCCCGUAGCUGGAAGGAAACGGCUACUGGCAUCUCGCAAACCGACCAGGCAUGACAAAGUUUCAAGUUCGUUAUUUUGAUUUUGUCUGGAGGAGAGGGGGAUGAAUAUUUGCGUAUGAGUCUGGUGAGAGCUUAGGUCUUCAAUUUGGGAUUCUUCUAGGGUUUUAAUGGGUAGGGUUUUUCUUGUUGAAUUGGAAGGCAGGUCUUACAGAUGCCGCUUCUGUAAUAACAAUGUUGCUCUUGCCGAUGACGUCCUUUCUCGGACUUUCAAUUGCAGCCAAGGGAGGGCAUAUCUUUUCAGCAAUGUAGUGAAUAUAACAUCUGGUCCCAAGGAGGAGAGGCUGAUGCUUUCUGGUAUGCACACUGUGGAAGAUAUCUUUUGUUGCUGUUGCGGACAAAUUCUUGGAUGGAAAUAUGUAACUACACAUGACAAAUACCAAAAGUACAAGGAGGGGAAGUUUGUUCUUGAGAGAUGGAGAAUAGUUGAGGAGAUGAUGGAAGACUUAAAUGGAGAUGCUCAUCCUGGUUCAAGCGAUAUGGAAAAUCCUUAGUGAGUUUCUGCCAAAUUCUCUCAGAAUAAGGAAACUCUAGCGUACAUGUCAAAGUGUUGUAUGUAGAAAUAAUUCUAGAGUCUGUAAACUACUAUUAAACUGCAUGACCAUAAUCUAUAAUAUCAUAAGCUUUUUAUCGAA